UGUUUUCUUUAUUGGUUUGUUAACUCAUUUUUUGCUUUAUUCAUUUAAUUGCGCUUUUUUGUUUUAGCUUGAAAAUGAGUAGCGGAAUCUUUUUUAAGCAGAAUCCGGAUGGAACCUUUUCACUGUUCAAUACGGGCGACCCCAGCGAAGAUAACGAAAAUGAUAGUUCUAAUUCCGCUCCUCUAAGGCAUCCUGCACCACUGCCGAAUUUGCGGCUGCCAGCCGGGUUUAAGUUUGAUGUAAAAGCUCCGCUCCAGAUUUCAUUGGUGAACAUCAGUGAUGGACAAAUGGCUAAACAAGAGGAGCCGAAGGAGUCAAGGGAUGUGACAAAACCUUGUUCAGAGAACAUCACGAACGAUCCGAAACCACCGACUACAGUCACUCCUACUACUACUAGUCCUACUACUACUACUCCUACUACUACUACUCCUACUACUACUACUCCUACUACUACUCCUACUACUUCUACUACUCCUACUACUACUACUCCUACUACUACUACUCCUACUACUACUACUGCUGAGACUACAAGAAAGCCAUCUGAGCCCACGAAGCAAGAAUCGCUUUUGAAGAAGCCAUACCCUUUUGCUUUGCCAAAUGGAAAGAGUUUUCAGGGCAGGAGAAAUCUCGUCUCCAAUGAUGUUAUGAUGUCCUCGCCGUACAGCGAGAAGAUCCGGGAACUCGUGCAGUCCUGUGGCCCUAAAGAGGUUUCUUUCUAAUCAUAGCCCAUAUGAACAGUGGCGAAAAAGCCAAUACCGAUAAUAAGUAUAGCUAAACAUUUGGCCUGUUUUUUUUUUUUUUACAAAAAUUAAUAACUCCUAAACUACGGGAGAUAUUUGAUGAAUUUUUUUUAUGUGUUACACAUGCCCCCAGGAAUAUUUUGGAAAAGUGGGCGUGCCCCCAACUCCGCCCCAAUUUUUUUUUUUUUUAAUUUUAUACUUCUAAAGUUCAUUUUCCAUUUCAAUAUUGUAAAAAAAUUCAUAGUCGUCUCCUCUUCACAAUCAGCAGAGUCUGAAGAAUCGUUAUCAGGUUCAUAUUUGCAAGCUAGCAUUGGAAUGACUUCUGGUGUAAGAGAUAGUCACUUAUGUUUUCGAACGCGCCUCUUUGACGUCUAGCUAAUUUCCUUUCCUUUUUAUUAUUCUCUUUUUCUCUCAGGACUAGGUGUUCUUCUAACCACUUUGAAUAAACUUUCGAAAAUUCAUAUAUUUUUCGAUUGCAUUUUCUCCAAUUUCGCAAAAGAUAGACUGAAAACAUUCGUUAUUAUUAUUAUUAUAGCAUUUUCAUUUUAACGAACACCCUUUUGAUUGCGCCACACUUCCAGCAGGGCAGCAUUGGCAAUCGAGAUAUUGCUCCUUAAAAAAUAAAAUUUCUCAAAAAACGCACAUAGAGACUACAUGAAAUGAGUUAGGAAUUGAACACACUUCAACUAAAUUUUGCGCGCAAUGCAGCCACGAAGUAUUUGCUCGCAACAGCUGAUUUUAACAUUUUUGGCUAUAACAUAACAGUUUAACUUAUUUCCAAUAUAUUAAUACUGAAAUACCCCAAGUUUGCAUACUGGUGAAAAACACAUUACUGUAAAAAAAACAGGCCAAAUUCCCCAUAGUGCAUUGGUUGCAUCAUCAAAUCAAAUAAGCACUUAAAUAGUCAUAUAUGCAUUUCCGAGCGGUUGCAUUUUCGUUGCUAGUUCGGCACUCACUUCGGACUCUUCGAUGUGCAUAAAUCUCUACCCGAUACCCUAUUAUUUAACCGAAAAUUAAGCAGUUCAUUUUUGAAAUGUGUCAUUGAACAAACAAGAAGUUGAUCAGUAAAGGGGCAUCGGGUAGUCGAUUCAAGCUUUAUGGCUUUCAAUUUUAUUUUGUAUUAACCAAUAUAUUUACU